UUCAUAUACAAUUUUACGUACAUAUACACAGCCAUGCUGUCCGCGUGUUUCCUCUUAUUCGGAAUUAUAUCAGUCCAUACCGUGUCAUCAGCAAAGCCAUGUUCCGGUCGAAGUGACACCCCGUGCUGUCUCCACGGAGAACCCUAUACCAACUACCAAGGAGUACAAGUGAAGUGUGGUCGAGGCUUCCCCAAACCUGACUGUCCAGAAAGCUACUCUUGUUUCGUACAGGCGGCCGACAAAUGGGCAGUAUGUUGUCCCCCCGAGACAGUAGAACCAGAGCCAUGUUCCGGUAGAAGCGACACCCCGUGCUGUCUCCACGGAGAACCCUAUACCAACAACCAAGGAGAGCAAGUGAAGUGUGGUCGAGGCUUCCCCCAACCUGACUGUCCAGAAGGCUACUCUUGUUUCGUACAGGCGGCCGACAAAUGGGCAGUAUGUUGUCCCCCUGAGAGAGUGGAACCAGCAUACGUGGCGCCCCCUCCCGGGUACACGGGUUUGAGACUUCAAACAGUGUGUUUGCAUGUAGAUCCAGCCUGCGCUCAAAUGAACUACAAAAGGAUUGAUGGAACCUGGUACCGAGUUUGUGACAUUCCGAGACUCGAAUGUUCGACAGCCCGGAAAUAGUUCUAGUAUUAUUUGAAUCUUCUCCAUUGUGCAUUGCGCUCGCAAAGAAUCGCAAUACUCCCCCAAGGGAAAUAUUGAUACAUACAUAGAAUAGUGUGAUAAGAUUUGGUAUUAGAAAUGAAAGUUAUGUCUUGUGAGUUUUCUAGAAUAUUGUAGUGCUUUUAAUUGUGGAAAGAUAUAUUAUACAAGCGAAACUAAUUAUGUUAUUUCAUUGAUUUCGAUGUUUUACAAACAAAAAAUACAAAAUGAAUCAUAAUACAAUGCAUACAAUGUUCAUUUAUACAUGUUUUUUACGUAAAUGACAACAUUAAAUUGUGACAGAUGCACUGUUUAGUACAAAAAUUUCCACAAAAAUCUGUUUUGAAAGCACGAAAAUUUGCAUCGCGUUUUCCCUGAUUUCAAUACUUACGCACGUACGUGUAAACUUUGACGCGUUAAUCAUAAAUUUGAUGAAAUUGUUGUUUAGAUUUUUAACACAUUAAAUGCCAACACGUUACUUGA